GGGAACCACCGGUAGCAAGCCCUUCCGGUCCUGCAUUUUGUUGUCCCCUCUCCGUAGCGGAGACGUUCGUUCACUUCCUCUCUCUCGCCUCCCGUUUGCCCCGCGUGCGCUCUGUGUCGCUCCCUCUCUUGUGAGGAGUGAGGACGACUGGGGCGACCGCCGCCGCCGCCGCCGCCCUACGCCAGAUGCCCAGGUAGGGGCCAUUCGCUAGCUCUUCUUCGUGCCCUUCGCCGGCGACGAGCAUUCACCAGGUACGCCUACCCCUUCUCAUCUCCUAACUAAGGCUAUUUGCAUUUGGAUCUGAUCUGGCUAUGAGUGUAGUAUAGUAUUUUGGCUACUAACUUCGAUUUUCCUCUACUGGGUCCGCCCUGGUUCUGUGGCUGGAUCUGGUGCUGGUUUUUGGAUCUGGGAAUGGUGGCAUUGCUUUGUCUGCGUGGGGUGUGAUUCCUCUCAUGGCAAGGCUGGGGAGAUUGUUUAUCUCAGUUCAGUUCGUGUGAUGAAUUUUUAGCUCCAGGCUGAUGCUGAAUCAUAGUGAAAUCGGGCUUUGUGCAAGUGGUACAUUUUUUCUUCUUCUUUUUGCGAGGUGGUGGGGCCCUGAUUGCGGGCUGUAGGUUGUGCAUGCGCUGGCGCUAUUGCUUCAAGUUGAAAUUAUGUUGGCUUGUACCUGUCAAGUUCUUUGCCGAAGCUUUAAGCUAUACUCGUGAUCUGAUGGUGUCGGUGGCGUGGUGGUUGUUUAAUCCACUGCCCAUAGUGGUCGAAAUCAUUUGUUGCUGAUGCAAGGCUUUCAAAAGUUUAACAGUCUCACUUGAUGCAAAAGCAACACAAUCACUCUAAAGGUUUGGAUCAGUCAUUUCAGAGCAUGGGUUCGCGGUUUCCAUCCCAUCAGCUAAGCAAUGGCUUGUAUGUCUCUGGCCGACCUGAGCAACCUAAAGAGAAGGCCCCAGUCAUUUGCUCCUCGGCUAUGCCGUACACUGGCGGGGACAUAAAGAAAUCUGGAGAACUUGGAAAGAUGUUUGAUCUCCAUAGAAAAUCUGGUCCAUUGGGUAAUCCGCCUUCAAGGAAUACUUCCUUUGGUGGUGCUGCCGCCAACUCUGGACCAGUUUCCAAUGCUGUCGGUCGCUCCAACUACUCUGGUUCUAUUUCGUCUGCAGUUCCUGGCACUGGAGGAUCUUCUAGGACAAAAUCUAACUCUGGACCUCUCAACAAGCAUGGAGAACCAACAAAGAGGCUAUCUGGCCCCCAAUCUUCUGGAGUAAACCCGAUGGCCCGUCAGAACUCUGGCCCUCUACCUCCUGUACUUCCUACAACUGGGCUAAUUACAUCAGGUCCUAUCACAUCUGGUCAGUUGAAUUCGUCUGGUGCUCAAAGGAAAGUAUCAGGCCCUCUUGAUUCUAGUGUAUCAAUGAAGAUGCGUGUUACCUCUUUUGCACACAACCCAGCCGUCACAAAUAUCAAUGUGGGAGAUGGUUACUCGAUUAGGGGCAGCAUUCCGACCACAAUAAUCUGGUUGGUCGCGUUGCUCUUUUUGGUUGGGUUUGUAGCUGGUGGCUUCAUUCUCGCUGCCAUUCAUAAUCCGAUCUUGCUUAUAGUUGUGGUGGUGAUAUUUGGCUUUGUUGCUACACUGGUGAUCUGGAACAUCUGCUGGGGAAGAAGAGGUGUGAUUGGUUUUAUCAGUCGCUAUCCUGAUGCAGACCUUAGAACCACAAAAGAUGGGGAGUAUGUGAAGGUUACUGGGGUUGUUACUUGUGGAAAUUUGCCCCUUGAGUCCUCGUUCCAACGGGUGCCGCGAUGUGUGUACACUUCAACUUGCUUGUAUGAGUACAGGGGUUGGGAUUCGAAAGCUGCUAACUCCACACAUCACCGAUUUACCUGGGGUCUCAGGUCAAUGGAGCGUCAUGCAGUGGACUUCUACAUCUCCGAUUUCCAGUCUGGGCUGAGAGCGUUGGUCAGGACAGGGUCCGGUGCACGAGUAUCCCCAUAUGUGGACGAGUCUGUUGUUAUCGACAUAAACCCAGACAACAAGGACAUGUCGCCUGAGUUCCUGAGGUGGCUCCGCGGAAGGAAUCUCUCGAGCGAUGACCGGAUUAUGCGCCUCAAAGAAGGGUAUAUCAAGGAGGGCAGCACCGUGAGCGUGAUGGGUGUUGUUCAAAGGAAUGAGAACGUGCUGAUGAUCGUUCCUCCGGCUGAACCCAUCUCCACUGGCUGCCAAUGGGCCAAAUGCAUCCUCCCGACCAGCCUCGACGGUCUGGUCCUGAGAUGCGAGGACACGUCUGACCUGGAUGUGGUACCAGUCUAGUUGGUUCCGGCGCGGAGGAGGAGAAAAAGAUGCCUUGACUCGAUUUGAGUUGGUUUCUGUGGGUUGUUAGUGUUGGAGGGAAAAAAAUGUGCAAAUGCAGGGUGUGAUUAUGGGCUAAGUAAAGUUACAAUGUCAGUGGUCGGUCAGCUACCUGGAGAUUGGUCGUACAGUAUGUCAUGUGUAAUUUUUGUCGUCUCGUUUUGGUUGAGCCAUGGGUGGUGCUUGUAACAAAAGGAUGGCUUGGUGUCAGUACUACCUACCCUACCAUGGAGCCUGUUUGGAGAUUCAGUGGUCUGGUUUCCCAUUCAUAUUUUGUUCUUUUUUCUUUUGGCGUAGGGUUCCGACAAUGCCCUGGAAGCCUGCAGUUUCCUUCUGUACCCAGAUCUACAUGGAAAUCGCUUACCUAAA